GCGCUAUGGGGUGCUAUGGGGUGCUAUGGGGUGCCGGUUCCCGCAGGCAGCGUCCGUCAGACCGCGGUGACGCUGCACGGCGCGGUGCUGGCUCAGCCCGGCGAUGCGCUGCGCCUGGCGGUGCCGUCCCUCAUUUACACCCUGCAGAACAACCUGCAGUACGUCGCCAUCUCCAACCUCCCUGCCGCCACCUUCCAGGUCACCUACCAGCUGAAGAUCCUGACGACAGCCCUGUUCUCGGUGCUGCUGCUGGGCACGUCUCUGUCCCGCCUGCAGUGGUUCUCCCUGGCUCUGCUGUUCGCGGGGGUCGCGUUGGUGCAGACGGAGCAGCCCCAGCCCCCGCCCCCGUCCUCGGACCCCCCUCAGGACCCCCCCCAGAACUACCUGACGGGGCUGGCGGCCGUGGGCGCUUCCUGCCUCUCCUCGGGCUUCGCCGGCGUUUACUUCGAGCGGCUGCUGAAGCGCUCGGGGACGUCCAUCUGGGUGCGCAACGCCCAGCUGGGGGCCGUGGGCACCUUGGUGGGCCUGGCCGCCAUGAUGGCCGCCGAGGGCCGCGCCGUGGCCGCCGUGGGUUUCUUCCACGGUUACACGGCGGCCGUGUGGGCCGUGGUGGUGAACCAGGCGGCCGGGGGGCUGCUGGUGGCCGUGGUGGUGAGGUACGCCGACAACAUCCUGAAGGGCUUCGCCACCGCGCUCUCCAUCGUCGCCUCCACCGCCGCGUCGGCGCAGCUCUUCGGCUUCAGACCGCGAGGGGCUUUUCUGGCCGGCACCGCCAUGGUGGUGGCCGCCGUGUAUCUGUAUGGGAGGCCCAGAGCAGGAGGAGGAGGA